AUGAACCGUUACCUGCUGCCCGUGUCCUUGGUGGGCACAGUGGUCGGGGGCACCAUGCUGCUGAAGGAUUAUGUUGCUGGUGGGGCUUGUCCCAGCAAGGCCACCAUACCUGGGAAGACAGUCAUUGUGAAAGGUGCCAACACAGACAUUGGGAAACAAACUGCAUUGGAACUGGCUAAAAGAGGAGGCAAUGUCAUUCUGGCCUGUCUUGACAUGGAGGAAUGUGAGGCAGCGGCAAAGGACAUUCGUGGGGAGACUCUUAACCACCAUGUUCGUGCCCAGCACCUGGACCUAGCUUCUCUCAAGUCCAUCCGAGAGUUUGCCACAAAGAUCAUUGAAGAGGAGGAACGAGUGGACAUUCUGGUGAACAAUGCAGCUGUGAUGCGGUGCCCGCACUGGACCACUGAGGAUGGCUUUGAGAUGCAGUUCGGUGUCAACUACCUGGGUCACUUUCUGUUGACAAACUUGCUCCGGGACAAGCUGAAGGCCUCAGCCCCUUCGUGGGUCGUCAACCUCUCGUCCUUGGCCCACACUGCUGGGCACAUAGACUUUGAGGACCUGAACUGGCAGAAGAGGCCAUAUGACACCAAAGCAGCCUACUGUCAGAGCAAGCUGGCCGUCGUCCUCUUCACCAAGGAGCUGAGCCGGCAGCUGCAGGGCACAGGCGUGACUGUGAAUGCUUUGCACCCUGGUGUGGCCAGGACAGAGCUGGGUAGACACACUGGCAUGCACAACUCUACCUUCUCCAGCCUCACCCUAGGGCCGUUCUUCUGGCUGCUGUUUAAGAGUCCCGAGCUGGCAGCCCAGACCAGCACAUACCUGGCCGUAGCAAAGGAACUGGAGGAUGUUUCUGGAAAGUACUUUGAUGGACUCAGAGAGAAGGCACCAGCCCCUGAGGCUGAAGAUGAAGAGGUAGCCCGGAGGCUUUGGACUGAAAGUGCCCACUUGGUGGGCUUGGGUAUGUCCCAUGGGUCUCUGAGGGGAAAAUCUCUCCCCAUAUAACCCCUGGAACAGGUUUGAGUCAACUGGGUCUCCAGGAUGGAGGCACACCCUUUGGGGAAAGAAUGUACAUGGUGAGCCUCAAGAGGAAGGAUGCUGGCCGCUAUCCCCUCAUCAUCCUCUGGACAGCACCAUUGCCCCAGCGUGAGCUCUCAUGAACGAGGCUAUGGCUGCCACA